UGCGUCCACGGCAGAGCACUCCAGGUGUGACUUUGAGACUGACUGCACCUGAAGACGUUCGUCUGAUUAGAGAUAUAACUGUGGGGCAAAUAUGGGGUACAGGACCGUGGUGAUGUACACAGAAAUUUGCUGCUUAGUGGUCUGUGUGGCUGGAUGGAUUCUGGUUUGUUCCACUCAGGCAACAGAAAUUUGGACUUGGUCUGAGGUGGGCAGCAUAGUCCUGACCACUUCCAACUACUUCUCCAACCUGUGGAAGGACUGUGUCUCUGAUUCCACAGGAGUAUCUGACUGCAAGGGCAUUCCUUCAAUGCUCGCCCUGAACUGGGAUAUCCACAUGUGCCGAGCUCUUAUCAUCAUCUCUAUAAUUUUGGCCUUUUUUGGAUCUGUGCUGGUCUUGGUGGGAAUGAAGUGCACCAAGGUCGGGGGAACAGAGAUUGCUAAUGCGAGAGUAACCUUCGCUGGAGGGAUGAACUACUUUAUUGGAGGGAUGUGUGCCAUGGUUGCCUUUUCUUACUAUGGACACAAAAUUGUUUCUGAAUUUAAAGAUCCUUUCUACAAAGAGCAGAAGUUUGAAAUUGGUGUUGGUGUUUUUGUUGGCUGGGGAGGCUCCACCUUACUACUUGUUGGGGGCCUUAUUUACAGUAUUGUUGCAGGGAUAGAAGGCUGCCGGUCCAGCUCAGAGCGUUACCCUGCACCAAAGCUCCCUGACGUCUACACUGUUGUCCCAACCAGAAAGGAGACUGAAUAUGUGGCCCAAACGGAGAUAAGUCAGAGUCAAAAAUCCAGGAUCACCAGUGUUAGCAGACAGAACAGCAUCUCUGGGCUGAGCAGCAUCAGCAGCAAGACAGGCUACAGCAGCACGUCUGGGGUCACACGCACAACCAGGACAACAUCCCGCAAUGAGUAUGUGUAAUUAGUUCAAUUAAAAUGAUCCUAAAUAAAUCCACAUUUAAGUUUAGAAAGUACGUAAUGGCACCUGAACAGGAGACUUUACUAAAAUUUCAGUUAUGGUAUAUUUUAUUUAUUUAGGAAAAUGUGUUAAAAUGUGUACAUUGAGUUGAAUAAGUAGUUUUGUGAAUUCCUGUUUUUUUAUAGUCACCAAAAUAAAGACAGAUAAAAAGCUUGAAAAUAAAAAGUGUCUUUGUUGUGAUCACAAGCAGCAAAACAAGUUCAGCUGUUGAUCUCCAACACUUUCUAUGAAUCUGGCUGUUGACUUAAUACUCAUUUAUAGACAGGAAGUCUGUCAAAACCCUUCAUGUUGCAUGUGAGGCAGGCACAAUUUAUUAUAGCACAGUUUGAUUAUAGUUGAUUAUUAUAUAUUUUACUUUAUUAUGUAGUUAAUUUAUGUAUAAAAUAACAUUGUCCUAUGUGAAAAACAAACAUCACCAGCGACACUAUCGUCCUUUAACCUCGUCCUGACGUUAAGAAAGUCAGGAGGAAGUCAUCCGUGUGUACAUAAACACAUGUUUUGCCUUAAACAUUGUUGGACAGGACGCCUUUUAUAAAGGUCACCAUGUUGAUGUGUUUGCUUUUGAUACUGAGGAG